AUGCAACUCAUUACUCUACCAGCCGUAGAACGUCUGAGUCCUGCUUGCAUACGCAUCUUGGGCGGUAAUCCAGGCAAAUUCACUCUUCAAGGCACAAACACUUACCUACUCGGCACGGGCCGGCGUCGACUUCUCAUUGAUACGGGUGAGGGGCGCAAGGCUUGGAUUACUUCAAUUCGCGAAACUUUGCAGCAGGAGAAUGCAACUAUUGAUAUCGCGCUCAUCACGCAUUGGCAUCAUGAUCAUGUCGGCGGUAUCAAAGAUCUCUUGAGCAUCUCGCCGCAGACGAGGAUCUAUAAACAUACGCCUGAAGAGGGGCAGCUUGAGAUCAAGCACGGUCAGCGCUUUGAAGUCGAGGGAGCCACGUUGACGGCUGCCUACACACCAGGACACACCAGGGAUCAUAUGGUCUUCGUGCUUCAGGAGGAAGAUGCAAUGUUCACAGCCGACAACGUUCUUGGUCAGGGCACUGCUGUUUUUGAGGAUCUGCCCACGUACAUACGGAGUCUCGAAGAGAUGAAACCUCUCUUCAAUGGUCGAGUGUACCCCGGACAUGGACCAGUCAUCGAGAAUGGCCCAGCCAAGAUCGCCGAGUAUAUCGCACAUCGCCAGCAGCGUGAAGAACAGGUGGUUCGUACUUUGAAGACAGGACCCGGAGGCGAAGAGACCGACGAGCCCGCGUUAUGGUCGGAGUGGACUGCAAUGGAAUUGGUCGAAGUGAUCUACAAGGAUGUAUCGAGAGAUUUGUAUCCAGCCGCCCGUGGUGGUGUCUUGCAGAUUUUGGGGAAGUUGAAGGGCGAGGGUCGAGUAGCUCACGAUGGCGAGAAGUGGAAAAUGCUGGCAGAGAGCCGUUCUUCACUAUGA